AUGGAGGAUGUGGGAAGCGAGGAUGAGGAGACAGAACUGCAGCGAGUUGCCAAGUUCUCGCUGCAAUCACUAAGCGCUGUGAUGAACGACCCCUCACAGCGAUCCUCCUCAGCCUCACGAGCUGCUCCAGCAACCCACUCACGCACCAGCUCCUCCUCCACCCUUUCCUCCUCUGCCCUGGAAACCGCCAAAGAAUUGGAGCUCUACAUCGCCGAAGUCAAUGAGUUUCAGCGUGCCCACGCACCAACGGAGGAGGAAGAGGACGGGCGUGGGCCAGCAGUGCCCAUCGAAGCCGUCCACGGCAUGCAGCACCACAUUCAAACCGUGCCCAAGGUGUAUUUUCAAGAGGACUUCUCGCUAAGUGACCCGGAGACGUUCGAGCAGACUUGCCACGCGCUCGGAUCCUCCUCCCCUGUUCUCCUCCAAGAGAAGCUUUCGCACUAUCUCGACGUGGUCGAGGUCGAGCUCGUUCGACAGGUGUCUAUGCGGAGCGGCUCGUUCUUCACGGCCCUCACCACGCUGCAGGACCUGCACCACGAGGUGGCCUCUACAUGUACCGCCAUCUCCUCCGUGCGGCACAGCCUCGGGACCGUCAGCGACGCACAGGCCAAGAAGGCGCUAAACAUCGUCGCCCUGCGUCGGCGGAGACAGAACUGCAUCGUUGUCUACAAAAAGUUGAAGCUGAUUGCUCGAGUCCGCGCUGCUCAGCCGACCAUUCAGCUGCUCUUGUCGAACAGUGACUUCGCGGGCGCCCUGGAUUUGAUUGCCACAACGCAGGCCAUACUGGCGUCGGACCUGCAAGGCAUCCAAAGCUUCAAGCACACGUCGCUGCAGCUCAAGGAGAUGACGACCCUCAUCCAGCGCAUGAUCCAGGACGACUUUCUGCGCUUCGCGCUGGGCAAGACGUCCGAGAUCACGGAAGCGGCGGAGGCGUGGGCCGCCCUCGGCGGGGAACACGAGGGCGACGAGGCGGAGAAGGAGCGAUUGUUUCACGAGGUGGGCUUGGAGGAACGAUUGUCACCAUUGGCGUUCGGUCUUCUUCGACUGGGCAAGAUUCGUCAGGCGUUCCAGCUGUAUCGCGAGAAAAUGCAAAAGAAAGUCUCCUCCACCAUCGACCGAUAUGUCGAGAACUUCUUUCGACCUCCCGGCCCCGCGAGCGCGGGAAUGGUGGUCGACGAGAUAUCGGUGCUGCUGGCGAACCUCGAGUCGUCGACCUUCCUGGUGGCCUUCCUGCAGCCGCUGUUCGCGCAGGUCCAGCUGCGCCUCGAGCGCAUGGCCUACAUCCACGCCAUCCUCCUGCCCGUGCUCGACAGCUGUGUGGGCAAGCAGGAGCAGAAUUUCGGGGCGGCUACGCGCCCACUCAGCAGGAGCGACGGGACCGGCGGCGGCGGCGACGGUGGUGGCGGCGGCGCAGCGGACAAGGGCGCGUCGGGCAAGUGGUGGGGGCGCGCGCGGAUCACCAUCUCCGACGAGUACCGCAACCAGAUCCUCUUCGACAGCUCGGAGACCCUCUCGUCCAUCCGGUCGGAGGCCAACGCGCGGUUGAGCGCGACCGAGUUUGUCGAUAUGUACAACGUGGCCAUGCACUUUGUGCAGCAGGGCGAGAAGCUGUGCAAGAAGCAGUGCUUCAGCCUGCGCAACACGCUCCUGAGCCAGGCGCGAGUCUUUUUGGAUGGGUUCCACAACAACCGGAUAUCGUCGAUGGCCAUCAUCCUCGAGUCGGAGACGUGGACACAGGCUCAGGUUGCACAUGAAUUCCAACAAAUCGCGACAGACAUAGCCACACCUGUUGGCGACGAUGCGCUCCAGGGCCUGGCGGCGCGUAAUAAACGGUCGACGGACCAACGGCUGCAGCAGAUGUCAGAAAAGGUCAGACGAGCCCACGAGCAGCAGCAGCAACAACAGCGCGGGGACAUCGAGCGAAGGAACGAGCUGCGAAGAUCAAGCGGCGACGCCGCGACACCGCAGCCGCCACCAGCAGCCGAGCCGACGGCGCCCAAGAAAGUCUCGGGGGCCACCAACGUCAACUCCAACGGCGGCGGCGGCGGCGAGGGCUCGCUCAGCGCUGCGGCGGACCGGUUGUCGUCUACGCUGUCGUCGGCCGCCAUGACGUUUCUGACGAGCGGGUCGUCAUCGACGUCGCCGUCGGGCUCGCUGUCGUCGUCGCCCACGUCGGGGUCGCCGCUGACCAUGGGCGAGACGCUCUUCAACAAGCUCAACUUCCGCAAGCGCACCCCACAGAACCCGGCCCAGCUUGCCGACAACAGCCCCAAGGCGGGCUCGAGCAACGGCAGCAGCGGCGCUGAGAGCGAGCAGCCGGCCACCACCACGACGACGACCACAUCGACGACCGCACCCGCCGGGGACACGUCGGCCGCGGCGUCGGCGUCGGCGUCGUCAUCGGCUGCGGCUGCGAGGCGGGCGUCCCGAACGGAAUCGGUCGCAGAGGGCCAAGGCGACAGCGUGUCGGAGGCUCUCGUGAUCGGAGAACGCAAGUUCCACGUGGUGAACGCGGCGCUGAUACUGGUGAAGCUGGUGGGGGAGUACCUCAACUGCCUGUCGCUCAUUCCAUCGCUCAGUACCGACGUCCUCCAGAAGGUGGUCGAACUCCUCAGCCUGUUCAACUCGAGGACGUGCGGACUGGUGUUGGGUGCCGGCGCGAUGCAGGCGGCCAGUCUCAAGUCCAUCACUGCCAAGCACCUCUCGCUCGCCGCGGAGAGCGUGGGUGUCGAGGUGGCGCUGAUUCCGCACAUCAAAGCGCGGAUCGGGCAGUACCUUACCCUCAAGAAGCACCACAUCCUGCUCAACGACCUCGACCGCGUGCUCGGCGACUGCAAGGAGCAUCGGCAGGAGAUCUUUACGAAGGUGGUCAUGAUUAUGAAGGACCGUGCGGAGGUGCACAGCCAGGGCAUCGCGCGCCACUAUACGACCAACAUUGCCAAGUCGACGUCGGCGUACAUGCUUACCCUGAUCAAGGAGACCAGCACCCUCUACCGGGUCCUCUCCAAGAUACUGCCCGCGAGCGAGAUCAAGCACAUCUUCACGGCCAUCUUCGACAUGUUCAACUCCCGCUUCACACAACAAUUCAACACUCUCGAAUCGCUCACGCCCGCCGGCAAGAAGAGGCUGUACGGGGACAUCGAGUAUUUAUUGCAGGCCCUGCGCGGGCUGUCGAGCGAGCUCGACCCCGGCACCAAGCUCAUCACCCUCUACACCUCCCGCUUUGGCCAACCACCACCCCAACAGCAAAAGCAGCCACCAGCAGCAGCCACACAGACGUGA